GGUAGUGACUUCCAUCUUUGGCAUUUCUGCAUCUGGUGGCAAGGGCCCAAUGAGUGUUCCUUCCGCCUUGGUCAAAACCGAGUCCAAGAGCGAGCGUGCCUUCCUCCUUCUCAACUUUUCCGCCUCUGACCUAACAUGUAAUGAAGCGAGCGCAUAACUCCCAUUCUUUUCCAUCCUUCUCCCGUCCAUUCUCCUCCAUUCUCAUCACCACAGCUGUCAAUUCUCCUCUUCGUUGCCGAAUACCUACCAACCCAGAUCGGCACAAAAAACGCACUUUGAUACACUUGCUGGAGAUGUUGGUUCAGACACUGACUGACAAGGAGGAUUCCGAGGAAAGCACACAGCUGCUGGACAAGCCCAAGGAGGUUCUUCUAGCAAGGAUUACGCGUUUUCUGAAGCAUCCGGACAUCAAGCAUGAUCACAUCGCCACCUUACAGGGUGCUGUAACGCCGUCCAAGAUGCCUUACCUCGACAACAUCGAUGCCAGACUUGAGACUCUGACACAUAUGCGCCACCACCUAGAUACCCAGAUUAGAAAGAGCCCGUUGAAGUAUGGUGGUAUCGACUUGAGGCUGGUUAGCAAGCUGACCUGGGCAUUGAACAUGAUUGCACCGAUGGAGGUCAUUCGCGAGGCUCAUGAUGCAGUGGAAGACGGCAUAGAUGAUGAAGAAGUUGAUAUUGGUUGGGUCGUGAACUGGGGUGUUUGUGGUAAUGACAUCUUAUUGGAGGCCAUUAGGAUGUUCUUUCCGAAUCCCGACAACCAUUCAUUUGACCAACUGUUUGUCUGCUGCGACACUGAUCGCUCCCAAAUUGAUGCGCUACCUAUGAGCGACAUCGACCUGGCUCAGAUGAGAAUUUCCAUGAUCUCUAAACACGUGUAA